AUGGCAUCGUCGAAAGCAUCCUCAAAGCCCGGCGUCUAUUUACACAAUGGGCAGAUCCUCCAAUCUCCUCCGGUUUCCGUCCAGAUAAGACGUUUUAUGGAGAAUAUCUAUCUGUUCCUUGGGCUCUACUUUACGAGCUUUUUCGCGCUUGACCCCUACGAGGCUGCCCAGAACUCAUCUUUCAACGUCACAAGAGCUGGAAACAAGGACAAUACUAGGUCUCGCUGGAAUGGAUUAGGGGGCCCGCGAGGAGGCGGUGGUGGAGGAGGUGGCCCCGGCGGCGGCGGCGGAUUUGGAUCGUUUGGUUCAGGAAAGUUUGGAAAGGUGGAUGACAUUCAAGGCUCCUGCAAAGGAUCAUGCUGCUGA